GGAAUCUGCUACUUUUUCCUGGAAGUGGAAUGUUCCACCAAGGACCUUCACUCUGGUGUAUUUGGGGGCACAGUACAUGAAGGGAUGGCUGACCUUAUUGCACUCCUGAACACCCUGGUGGACAGUAAAGGGAAGAUCCUGAUUCCAGGUAUCUACGACUCAGUAGCCAAACUGACAGAGGAGGAAAAGAAGCUGUAUGAACCCAUUGAUUUCGAGCCUGAGGAGUAUAAGAAGGAUGUAGGAGUGACAAGUUUGAUUCACAAUAAAAAGGAGGACAUUUUGAUGCAUCGUUGGAGAUACCCCUCGCUGUCUAUACAUGGAAUUGAGGGAGCAUUCAGUGAACCAGGAGCAAAGACUGUGAUUCCUAAGAAAGUGAUUGGAAAGUUCUCCAUCCGUCUUGUACCCGAUCAACAUCCAGAUGAAAUAGAAAAACUUGUCAACACUCACAUUCAGAAGAAAUUCAGUGAGAGAAAUAGUCCGAACAAAAUCAAGAUUUCAAUGGGUCAUGGAGGAAAGCCAUGGGUCAGUGAUUUCAAUGAUCCUAACUACAUUGCUGGCAGGAAAGCCAUGAAAACAGUGUUUGGAGUUGAACCAGAUUUGACUAGGGAAGGAGGAAGCAUACCGGUGACCUUGACCUUUCAGGAGGCCACAGGAAGGAAUGUGAUGCUUCUACCAAUAGGAGCAUGUGAUGAUGGCGCCCACUCUCAAAAUGAGAAAAUAGACAGAUCAAACUAUAUCAAGGGGACAAAAGUUCUGGGAGCCUACAUGAUGGAAUUGGCCGCAUUAUAAGGAAGAAAAUCUUCAUUCCAUUAGAGAUUGUGAUAUGUCAUUUCUGAUUUCAAGUAGUGUAGUAAAGUCAGAGUGCUUACAGUAUAGAUUCAGAAAAUAUAAUGUGCACGUUGACUACCAUAUUCUAACCAGACCAUAUGAUCAUUGAUCAGACUGGUGUAUAAUAUGUACUUUUGCUUAAAUCAUAUUUUUAUUUUCUUAUUGUACAUACAGGCCCAUAAAGAUAUAAAUUUAUUUUAUUUCAAAUUGUCUUAUGAAAUGAACUAACAGGAAUGAUGAUGUAAUUUAAACAAAUUAAAUGUUGUGUUAUUUAUUUCAAACUGUCUCAUGGUCCACAUUGACAGAUGUGAUUUAUAUUGUAAAUGAAAUGAAAGCUUAUUUUUUGAAUAAAUGAGAAACAAAAAAAUCUAAA